CUCCUCCUCUAAUAUUAUUUUUCUAACGUAUCUGGUUAAAGUGGAUAAAAUAAGUUUAGGCGUUACCUGAAUUCGGUCAAGUGCUGAGCAGGCGCUGUUUCUUAAAAAGCAUUUGCGCCUUCGAUUUUGAAGGAGUAAACAUCGUAGGCCAUAAACUAUGCGAUCUGUGACUUCUAAAGACGGACCUUGAAAACACAGUAAGACUUCUUAGGAUCCCCAUUGCAUUCCUGGCGAAGCUACAAAACGAUAAUAGAUAAUAAUAUCAAUAUCUGUGAUGCAGCAAUUGCAAUUCUCUCCUAAUUUACCAAAAACUAUCAAUAAUGCAAAGGUGCAGUGAACUGGGCAAGAAUUUAGAGACCUGGCAGCUCUUACUUCGCUUUGAUCGGAACAACCUGAAGGUGAAGAAGGGCCCAAACGGUCACUAUUUGGAUAGCGAAUGUCGGGAUGAGCUGCGCAAGUCGAUACCUGCGAAGUCAUUCGAGGAACGGAUGAGCAGGGUAGCUAAAUCGCUGAAACGGCUGGACGAGGUGAACGAUAUUGGGAGCCCUGAAGCGAAAUCUCAGCAGGACAACGAAAAGCAAUCCGAGUUACCAGCUAAGAACCAAGCGAAACGGAAAGUUCUAGCUAACCCAUCAGUUGUGGACCUUUGCAGCGAUGAAGAAGAUGAGAAAUCAGUUGUUCGCUUUCUUGAUAAGGAGACCCUGGACGCCGAAUCAGUUAUCUUCAAUUCCUCGCUUAUGGUCCUUGACGAGGAGCUGGGCGAGGUCAAUCUGAAGGACUAUGCUGAUCACCUCGAUGGAAAAUUGGAUGAAGCGUCUUUGAGGAAGCGAAAUCUCCGGGAGGAGGAUAACACAUCUCUUAACGCCAAUAAACAGACAUCGAUAAAAGAGUUCCUGACUCCCAAAAAAUCGAAGCAAGACCAAACUGCAUCUUUUGCCUCCCGGCACUGUUUGAAAACGUAUGUCAGACGACCAAAGAUAUCAAGUAAUACAAGUGGCGAAUCAGGCGGCCAUGUACUUAGAGAACUAAACGUCACAGAUGGUAUCACAUAUAACAUCUCCUUCAAGGAGAAAUCAUCCGACCUCAUAGUAAUGGUUGACCAAGAAUUCGCGGCUAUCAAUGAAGAAACCCGCGAAUUUUUUAUAAUUAAGAAUCGAAAACCGAAAACCCCAACAGAUGGGGAGCCUAACCAAAGUGAUAUCAAGAAAGAUGUAUCAAAUUCCGUCGCUUUGAUCGAGAAAGAUGAUUCACCCUGUGAUUCCUUAGCAAGCUUAGAAAUUAAUGUUCAAAGUAAGUCUCACCCAGAAGUGGCUUCUGAAAUUCAUGGAGAAGCGAAGAAAAAUAUAAACAUAUUGAUCGAAUCACCAAAGAAAGUAGGAGCCAAGGACAUUCCGCUCCCGAAGGGCAUACUUUCAACUGACCAAGAGGCUCAUAAAGAAAAUAACCCGAAUACGGGUAUAACACCAGAAGUUCCUCCCCAAUCCCCAAUAAAUGCGAACCGAUUUCGUAGUGACCUGGUUUCCAUCCCAGAGAACAUGAUUUGGGUUCGCACUGACCUCUUGCAGGAGCAAGUGGAUCGUGCACCUGACAAUGAGUUAUUGAAGACAGCUGGCCCGUCUGAUCCUUCCAAGGCACUGAGAACUGGUGAAAAGCGAAGGUUGUCACCGCAACCGUCAGGAAAACAGUGCAAUAGUCACGGGCAGACGAAAAGGACAGCCGUGGAUGGCUAUAAUCCCACAUCAGUGGCAGCGUCUACAUGUUCACCGAAUAUUCCGAAGGACGCUGCACCAGCAUUUAACUACAGCUAUCAAGUAAAUAGCCCACCACCACCCGCUGCAGCCACAUCAUCCAGCUAUCCGGCGACUGUUCCCUAUAAUGCUUCUCCAGUUUCCACUUCCCAACCCUCUGGUCUGCUGCCCACACCAGUAUUAAACGGCGGAUAUUCCCGGCCUAUCUCUUCUACUGUAAUCAACUCCCGCUAUCCAGUGGAUCCGCGACCAGCCAAUUCGUAUUGGUGCCUUCCCGCUAAUCCGGUGGUUACUCCGGCCAGUACCACGCCUAUUUAUCAGUCAACUCGACCACCAGCUCCGACCACCAGCUCCAGUUACCAAAGACAAAACCCUGUGCGUGCUGUAUGGGCUAGUAAUUAUCAAACAAUAUUGCCAAAAAUUCCAUUACUAGAGACGCCACCCCCAAAUAUUCCUGGGCGUCCUGUUCCCUCAGCUGCAAUUAAUAAUGCGCCUACAGGAUGCAAUCCUCGCACCGACUUGACCAACAUCAUGGACAUGCUAGAACAGGUGAAGAUGUUUGCCUACGGUCAAGAAAAUACGGAGGCUUUCCACCUAAUCAACCAGCUACGCCACAGUCUUCAGACGGGAGGCGCACCUAGAUUCCAAGCUCCCCGGCGAAAUGUUUGAGAAUUGAACCACACUGCAAACGACGACCUCAUCUCGAAUAUUUGUUUCUUGCCUAGGUUUAGGCCUUUGUUAAAUACGCAAUUAUAAUUUUGAUAGAAAAUAUCAAUAAAAUCAUAGUAAUACAAUAUUACGAAUUCUG